GCUUCAUGCAGGUAGGGAAGGGGCAGGGGCAUUAUCACCUAGGCAGGUACAUACAUGCCUAUAAGUCUUACCUUCCCUGCUUCCCUAUCUUUUCAUCGCCGAGGUUUGGCCACUGUUACUUUGUUUAGUACCUCUUUUAUAGAUGAUUGCUCAUUAAUAAUCUCAACUCUCCCGCUUCCCGCUAUCUUACGGUCUUACCUAGGUAUGUAGGUAUAGGUUAGGUGCUAUGCCGUAUGGAGGUAAGCUAAACAUGUACGCGCGCCAUUUGCGUCCCGAAUCCGUCUGUGGGUUAUACAUAAGGUGAGGGAGAUACGAGGUGGGCUGGUGGGAUAGGAUAUAGGCGUAAUACCCUUUUCUUUUUUUUCUUUUUUCUUUUUACCUUCUUGUCACCUUCGUCGCCUAUCUGUACUCCCCCCGUUCCCCUCUUCUGCGCUUGCUUUGCUUUCCUCUCUUCUACCAAACUUGUCAAGCCAUAGACAAGAGAGACGGUAGAUAAAUCACAAUGGCGAGCAACGGUAUCACAAACGGCCAGAAUGGCGUCAAGAAAGGCGACAGCGAGAACGGCUGGUACGACCCGACUAAGAUCUGGACGACGCUGCUGACGAAUCGCGGCUAUUUCGGUGGUUUGCUGGUGCUUCAUCACUCUUUGCGCCGACAUCGCAGCAAGUACCGGCUCGUCGUUAUGGUGACCCGCGCAGUCGAAGAGGACACCGAGUAUAUGGAUGCUUUCGCUGCUGCCGGUAUCUCCACCAUCGUCGUCGACAAGAUCGAGCCGGCGCCUCGCGAUGGCAAGAUUAAUAAGGGGACAUGGGAGAAGCUGGCUCCGUGGUCCUUUACACAGUACGAGCGUGUCGUCCUCCUCGACAGCGACCAGGUCAUCCUACAGAACAUCGAUGAGAUGAUGGAGGUCGACAUCCCUGAAGGCUGGAUCGCGAGCACUCACGCCUGCACCUGCAACCCGCGGAAGCUUCCGCACUAUUCCAAGGACUGGGUCCCCGCCAACUGCGCCUUCACGGCCGCGGACCAAGAGACGGGCCAACCGGCUCCUAUCACGCCCCAGAGCCCGAAUAACCACCACCUACUCAACAGUGGCACAGUCAUCCUCCAGCCGUCUAAAGCGCAAUUCGAAGCGCUGAUCGACGCUAUGAACACCCACCCCGACGUCCCCAACAUGAUCUUCUUCGACCAGGAUUUACUCGCCAUCGUGUACCGCGGCCGCUGGAAGCCCUUGCCGUACCACUACAACGCCCUGAAACCCAUGCGUGCUUGCCACAGCGGGCUCUGGAAGGACGAGCAUGUUAAGAUCAUACACUACAUCUUAAAUAAGCCCUGGAAGAGCCGCAGCUACGAUGCUAAUGAUACUAUCGAGUCGACGCAUAAGCUGUGGUGGGACGAGUUCGCGCAGGUAGAGAAGGAGUGGACGGAGAGUAAGGAUGAGAAGAAGAGGGAACUGUGGAGGAAUGUUGUUGUGCCUGUUGUUGCGCAGGAAUGAUUUCCUUGUUUCCCUUGAUAUCUAACCUAGCGUUUAUGUCGUUAUGUCUGAGUUUAGGGGGCGAAUGAGACUGAUUGCGUGUAUACCAUUGGGUUUUAAUUGGGGGCAUGGUAGAGAGAUAUGAGAUAUUCAACUUUGUUUGGAACUUGUACGCGAGCAUGUGGGCGUGGAGUAGGGUUAAUAUAGGAUAGAUGGCAAGAAAGCAAGCAAGUAGCUUAGAACAUCACGAGCAAUUAACGACGAUCUACAACG